UGGCUACUAGGGCACAUGGAAAAGAGUGAUUUUUGACUGUUGGAAAUGCGUGGAGGACGUGCUCUAUUUACAGCAGUUUUGUUUUUCUUGCGUGUAACUUCCUUGAAAACUAUAAUUUUGCGUGAUGGACUUUCACAACAAAUUAGCAGCAAAAAAUUCGAAACGUUAUCAAAAUCGAAAAUUGUCUCCUCAUGGGGUACAGACAUCUUUCUCCGCUUUGCAGCCCUAUCCUCAGGGUCACUGGCUAGCGUGGAGGACCAAAAAAUCACUGAUAAAAAGUAUGCGAAAAAUAUUUCUUCGCGACCUCCAGUACCGUCGCUGAAUUUACUCGGUGGCUUGCAGGAUGCAUUUAAAACAGUUUCGCGGGUGAUCGUGCCGAAGGACUCGUUCGGUUCGGCAGUCAAUUCUCCAGCGUUCGUGGACAAAACGCUGUUCAUCAAGUACUUCAUGACGGAGACGAACCACACGUUGGUGCUGGCCCCGAACAGCUUCGGAAAAUCGACCGUCCUCUCCAUGCUCCGUGACUUCCUCGAGAUGCCUGUCGAUGCUCUCGGCAAUGUGCUCGACAAGCGCACCUCGCCCAAUUACAAGACCUUCCACCGGCUCAAUAUCUACCAAGAGGAUCCGACUUUCUUCCAAGAGCAUUUCGCCAACUACAUGGUCCUCAAAAUGGACUUUGCUGAUAUUAAAAUGCAAUCUCUCAGAGAGUUCAUCCAUUCCUUCAGACGCAUGGUGAACCGGCUUUUCUCGGAGCACCCAUACCUGCUGCAAAGUCCGAAGCUGAGGCGCUCGGAUCAUGAGAAGUUCGAGAAGUACUCGUUCCCCCGCUGCCAGAUGAGCCACAAGGACCUGGCCUCCGGGGGGCGCGUCUUGAGCCAGCUCCUCUUCAAGCACUUCCGGAAGCAGAGCAUCCUCCUCGUCGACAACGUGGACGCCCCGGCCGCCAGCCUCGCGCUCUGCCAAGACACCAGCAACGUCGCGCACAUCCUCACCGUCAUCUCCAAGUUCAUCGCCAAACUCCUGCGCAACAACCACCAGGUCUACCGCGCCCUCUUCACUGGCGUCCUCACCGUCGCUGACGUCUACACCCGCGAGGCAAAUACCCUCGACCACCGACCCGUCUUCGGCGACGCACAGAUCGGACCCUACUUCGGCCUUACCGACCACGAGGUCCGGGAGCUCAUGGUCAAGUCAAUCCGACACGACAAACUUGACGAAGCGCGGCGUAUGUUCGGCGGCUACAAAAUCAAAGACAGCCGUGAGACGCUCUUCAACACCAAGUCGGUCACCAAGUUCGCUGCUGACGGGGAAUAUAGCCGUGGGAUCAAGACUCCGCCCUAUCUGCUGGAGCUGAAACCCAUCUUCGAGUACGAUAUAUUCGGAAAGGUCAUCGAGGAUUCUCUGGAGGGCGAGACCCCGGUUACCCUGCGGCUCCAGUUUAAGGAGAAACACUUGUAUAUGCUCAAACCUCUGCUGGAUGCGAACUUGCUCAAAAAACAAUCCAAAGAUCACUUGCUCGGACUUCAAUAUAAGCUGUUCCAAUAUUUAUUAGAAUACGGUUACUACACCGUCCGAGACUACGUGAGCAACAACGCAGUCCGUGUCAUCGUCCCGAACUUGGAGAUGAAAAGCGAGCUGAAACGGUUGAUCUACACGAGGAAAUUCUUCGUCGACAAGUUCCGCAUCGAGGAGUCCACGCUGGCCGACUACCUGAUGGCGAUAGACAUGCUGACGAAGAAUCGGACCAGUUUCGAGACCCUGUGCGCGAGCGUGGCCGGGAUAUUCGCGCAUAACAUGCCGGAGAGGUCCUUCGAGGUCCAGGGCCCGCUCUUGGCGUAUCCUGCUCUCUGUCCUGGCGCCUUCGAGGAGGUUUACACCGAGCUCCAUUCGGAGAGGGACCGCCCUGCGGACGUCUUCAUACGGAGGAACGACGGUGCGGCCAUCGUCAUCGGGCUCACGCUGGAUGGGGAUCCCUUCGAGAGUCUGAAACAAAUCGUCGGGCGUGGAUACUACAAGGAGAGGGUAGAGCGAUGUAGGAGGAAGAUUUACAUCGGUGUUAACGUCGAUAGAAACAACCGGUGCUUGAUUAGUUAUCUGUGGAACAGUGAGGACUUAGCCAACGCUGAGAAUGUCAGUUUUACAGCGGAUGUCAGAAGCACACGUUGAAUAUGGGAGCUGCUGUCCCAGUAGCACAGAGAGAUUGCGAUAAGUAGAAAUUACAUUCCACUGAGUGUUGUGUAUGUUGCCUAGCUCCUAUUUGAAGGGGUUCCAUUUAUUGAAACUUAUUGCGGUAAAAUUGAAAUAAGUUGCAAUCUUACGUUGCAUUGCAUAUCGCCUAUCCUUAUGACACAUGAAGCUCAUUUUGUUGAUUGUUUAAAAUCGGCAUAAAUCGACUAAAAGAUGCAAAAAUAUUGCAAUUUAAUGGUUAAAAAAGUACAAUUUUAUUGAAAUAAAAUUGCAAUUUAAUUUCAGUAUUUUCGUUGCACUGUGCUACUUGGGUUAAUGUGGCUUGAAUGUGGAAGUCAUGCUUGAAUGCGCGUGUCGCGCAAAAUUUAGCAACGAUUUUCAGCGACCAUCGGGCAGUGUCGGAUUUGCCUAAAUAUUCGAAUAGAUUUGAUACAAAUCUGGAUGAAAAUAACACGAAUUUGCGAAAUUUCAGCCGUUUCGCGAUGACUGUUGACUUCCAUAUUCAGCUACCAAAUUCAACCUGUGAUUCCGGUAUGACUAAAAACAUCUCACGGGUACCACGCGGAUGUAACCAAGCCCAAGUAGCACGGAUUGUAAAAGGUAGCAUUUACAUAGUAAAAAUAUUGCAAUUUAA